AUGGCGCCUGUCGAGAUCGAAAGCAAGGCGUUGGUCGACUUUGACCAGAAGAGCCUACUCAUUUCUGCGGCUUCUAUUGCCUUCAACCCUUUGUUCUGGAACAUCGUCGCGAGACAAGAGUACCACAACAAGAUCCUCACCAAGGCAUUCGGUGGGCGCUCUAGGACUGCCUGCUAUGCAUUGGCUGCCACCAUCUUCUCCCUCGGCAUCGUCCGUGACCUCCUUUACGAACGGGCCCUUCGCUUCCAGCCCACACAUCCUUUGCUUGCGUCCGACGCGGUGACCUAUGUCGGCUACGCUCUUGUUGCGACCGGCAAUGUGCUCGUUCUCUCUUCGACGUGGCAGCUGGGUAUUGUCGGCACAUUCCUCGGUGACUACUUUGGCAUUCUGAUGGACAGCAUUGUGACUGGCUUCCCCUUCAACAUCACCGAUGCCCCCAUGUACAACGGCUCAACACUGAGCUUCCUUGGCGCCGCCCUUAUUUACGGCAAGCCUGCCGGAAUAUUGCUGACCGUAUGGGUGUUCAUCGUCUACAAGAUCGCCUUGACCUACGAGAACCCCUUCACCGCUGGCAUUUACGCUAAGAGAGACCGCGAACGUGCUGCUGGAAAGGAGACCAAGAAGAUCAGGUGA